AUGGUUUUGCUGCGUUCUUCGGUCACUGUGGUAGGCGCGACCAGAAAUCGCGACGACCAUCUCAUUGGCCAGAUCGACAUUAAAGCCUUCUACCCCACCAUCCAGCUUAGGCAUAGCGUGGCGGUGCAAAAGUACCAUCUAAGGCGACUUAAGUGGGUCGGCGCUGUUGCUGUGCUAGCAAGCAACGGUAAAGCCAUCAGCGCUCCAAUGCUUCUCACCGUAAGCAGCUUUGCUGCGACGCUGACCAAAGGCAACAAAAACACGCCACCGAUGAUCCUAGCCCCCGGCAUCAUGCCAAUCAGUGAACCGAUACAGGAUGAGCGAAGCAUCAGCGGCAGACAGCGUUUGAACUCAGUCCAGAGACUCGUGGUCGAAGAUACCUUACCGCUGACCGUGGCUCGUUUUAUGCGGAUGGCUCGACGCACGAAUCACUCUCGCAUCGCCGCUGCUUUAGCCGAGACAGGUGUCGAGCAUGUCAUAGACAGACCCUUGCAAGAAAUUUCCGGCGGUGAGUUACAGCGCGUGUUGUUAGCGCGGGCGUUGCUGCGCGAACCUGAAUUGCUGGUGCUGGACGAGCCGGUGCAGUCGGUCGAUGUCUCGGGGCAGUAUGAGUUAUAUGAUCUGAUCGGCGGCAUUCGACAGCGCUAUGGCUGUGGUGUGUUGAUGGUGUCACAUGACUUGCAUCUCGUGUUACCGACGAGUGAUCAAGUGAUUUGUAUGAAUCAUCAUAUCUGCCUGCGCGGGCCGCCGGAGCUAGUCAGCCAGCAUCCGGCUUAUCUGGAAUUAUUUGGCGCCGAACAAGCGCGGCACAUGGCGUUCUACCGUCAUCAUCACGAUCACCGGCAUGACGCCCAUGGCGAUGUUAUCGACACCGAUGGAUGA